CCUUUCGAUUGACUUUCGAUUCUAGGUUCCGACGGAGAGAAGCUGCCGGCAAGAGAGCGAGUUGCUUCGAUGUUCCGUGUACUCAGAGUCUCAAGCAUGAAUAUUCCUGGAAUUGGCAGUCACUCCGACCGAAAUUGGAUCCUGCCUACUGGAGUAUGAGAGUUUCUGGAGAGUGCUAUUUCUCAAAUGGACAGUCAGAUGACAACAAACAGAAGAUGGGGAAACCCAUGCCACUGGUUUAUAACACAGACGGGAAGCUGCAGCUGAACCCAGAGGCUCUAGAGCUCCUCCAGUCCAUCGAGGUUCCAAUGGUUGUUGUGGUUAUGGUUGGUGCUGUUCGUACAGGGAAGUCCUACCUCAUGAACUGUCUCGCGGGAGAUAAGAAGGGAUUCUCAGUGGAUUCAUCUGUCCAGGCUCACACCAAAGGAAUCUGGAUGUGGUGUCGAUCCCUCCCUCAGAGACCCAAUGAGGUCCUCCUGUUGUUGGACACUGAAGGUCUUGGAGAUUCUGAGAAGGGAGACAGCAAGAAUGAUAAUUUCAUCUAUUCGCUGGCUAUCCUUCUGAGCAGCAUCCUCAUUUACAAUGGGCAAAGAAACAUCGACCAGCGAUCCCUGCAAGACCUACAUUUUGUGACUGAACUGUCUAAGCGGAUCCAGAUGAAGGCCCAGCCCGAUGACUGUGACAGUUGGGAAUUUGUCCGCUUCUUCCCUGAAUUUGUCUGGGUGCUCCGUGAUUUGACACUGGAUAUGCACAUUGAUGGAAAAGAUGUGACUCCAAAUGAGUACCUGGAGCACAGCCUGAAACUGAAGGACAGUGAGACCAGUGAGCAGGACAAGGAAUAUAAUGAACUCCGCAGGUGUAUCCGCAAUCAUUUUCCCUCACGUUGCUGCUUUGCAUUUCCCACUCCCACAUUCCGGAAGAAACUCAAGCAGCUCCAGGAACUGGAGGACAAGGAUCUGGAUGGGGAGUUUGUUACAGAGCGGCAGAACCUCAUCAAUUACAUUUACACCCACAAGAAAGUCAAGAAAGUUGUUGGGGGUCAGCUGGUCACGGGCAGGAGAUUUGCUGAAUUGACCAAGGCAUACGUGAGCAUGAUGUCGGAUGGGGUCCUACCAUGUGUGGAGAGCAGUGUCGCUAAAUUAGCGGAGGUGGAAAACCAAGCAGCAGUAAAUGAAGCCCUGAAAUUCUAUCACAAUGAAAUGAAAAAAAUCUCAGAACCUCAUGAUCUUACCAUGAGCGGAAUCAUGGAGAAUUACAGUACGAAGAGCAUAGAGGCACUCAGUAUCUUCCACAAAAGGUCUAUGAACAACAACAUUGACAAAUACAUCCAGCAGCUGGAGGAGACAAUGAGAUCCUCUUACAUGUCUCUCAUGACCAAGAUCAAGGAAAAGUCUCAAGACCACUGUCAGGCACAACUUGAAGAAGUAAUGGAAUCAAUUAAGGAAAACCUGACAUCUGGACAUUAUCAGAAAUCUGGUGGUUACCAGGAGCUGAAGAAGGAUCUUGAUAAUUCCAUAAAGGAGUAUGAAGAAAAGACCAAGAACCAGAUCGAGGGGUGGGCUGUCCUCAACAGUUUCCUGGAAGAGGAAAAGUCUCGUCUAGACCAGGUACAGGAGAUGGACAACAAGCUGACAGAGGAACAAAGGCGUGUCUCUGCUUUGGAAAAGGAACUCUCAAGGAUCAAAGAAGAGAUGGAGAAGAUGGAGCAGGAGAGGAAGGCGGCUGAGGAACGCAGGGCAAAGGAGAUCAUUGAGCAGAUCAGGAAAAAGUUUGAGGAGGGUAAAAAGUACAGCGUGGAGGAGCUGGAGGAAGCCAUGGAGCAUAUGAAAAGAGAGAUGGAGAAAUACAGAGUCGAGGGUAGGAUGGAGGAUGCAGAAUGUGCUCAGAAGAUAUACGAGUACCUGAAGAAAAAACAUGAAGAGACAACAAAAUGGAGUUUCAAAAAUUUCAUACAGUAUUUCAUAAAACUGUUUUUCCAUUCCUGAAAUGCUUUUCGGGAAGACCUUAAGAAAUUGGAGCAGAUUUAGGCUCUUUGGCCCAUUGAGUCUGCUCCAAUUUUUAAGCAUGGCUAAUCAUUUUUCUUCUUCUUAGGCCCAUUCUUAUGCCACUUCCCACCCCCAUCUCACACACUACCUCUCCUCCUGGACACUCUCCCCCACCAAGUAGGGUCAUGGACAUUCAGCAGUUGUUGGACUCUGGAGCUACUGCUACCAAAGUAUCUCCUGAGGUUCAUUUUAUGCAUUCCCACAUCAAGGUUCUAGACUCUGCCAGCUUUUUGGUAGCUAAUUAUACAAGUACUGUACGUCUCCAGUUCUUAUCCAUAGAGUAUGUGUUUCUCUAAUCCUCUCAUAUACCUGUCUACACUGCACCACAAUUACCUGAAAUAUCAGGUCUGUAAUUUUAAGGGGGUGUGUUUAUCCUUGGGCAAUUCAUCAAACUCUCACUGCCACAGAAUGUCAGCUCCACACCCUCUUUAUCUGCUGGUUUAGCAUUCUGGGUCAGUGGUCAGCUGACCCUGUGUUGAUAAUGUGGCCUUCCUCCACUCUGCUCUGUGUUCUGUGGAUCCCUCUCUCACCAGCAGAGUUUCCUCCCAGAGCCUGUUGGGGAACUUGUCAUCUCCCUCUGGCUGCUACAUUCCCACCAUCAAUCCACGAUUAGUGUGAUUACUGGAUCACACUAAUUAUCCAGGCAAUAAAACUGACCACCAGCAAUGAACAAUUGGAAGCUUAAGUGCAGGAACAGAUGUACUUUCAGCAGAGAGACGUGAGACUGCAGGUGCUGGAAUCUAGAACAACAAACAGGAAGAUGGAGGAAUCUUCAGUGGGUCAGGCAGCAUCUGUUGGUGGGGGUGGAGGUAAAGGAAUUGUUGAUACUGGGUCAAGCUCAAGUAUUAGAAUUGAUAGAGAUGUCCUCAGCACAGGGACUUGACCCAAGAUGCUGCUUGAUCCACAGUUCCUCCAGCAGGUUAUUGCCUUUUAUAAGUUGAGUGAAUAGUUUUAGCUAAUAGAUUUGUUAAGUAACAUAGAUGCUACAUUUAACCACAAUAUAAAUUUAUGAACAAACCAAUUAUCUUUCCAGUUGAACAAACCAAUUAUCUUUCCAGUGAGCCAAAUCAAUGUAACUGCAAUAAUAAGAAUCAGGAUAUAUACGUGUGGAUAGAUAUUGGAUCCUCAUCCCACCAAAUGGAAGUGUGGAUUCAAAUACCAGCAGUUUGUAUAUACUGGUAAAUCUAUGAAACUUUAAUAAAGGUUUGGUGUGAAGC